AUGGUAAGAAUGACUAGCUUAGGGUAUCCUCUUAUUAUAUCUUUAUCCAUUCUGUCCCAAGGCUUCCUUUUUUCAUUUUCAAAGUCUAUUCGCAAAUCAGAGAACGAUGAAGUUUUGCUAGAUACAAUUGCUCUAAGAAAAGCACUACGCAAUGGAGACACGACAGACAAAACUGUAGCCAAUGCAGCAGAUCAUUACUUAGCAGACGAAAGCUCAAACAUGAAAGAGGAAGAGGAAAAGAAGUAUACAGAGUUUGGGUUCUCGUAACAGUUACUUCAGUCAAGAUGUUCUUCCUAUAAGCAGUGGCGUGAAGCAAAUGGCCUUUUCCCCACUUAAAAGCUCACUACGACAUUUAGACAGUGGGGAUGAGAAUGUUGAGUUGACGCAUGAAAGAAGAGAUAUUGGAGAAGAGGAAAAUAAGUUUCCUAUAGGAAGACGAGAUUUUGACAUGCUCAGGUGUAUGCUUGGAAGAGUCUAUAGACCAUGCUGGCAGAUAUGA